AUGUUUGCCAGCUGUUUGGGACUUUGCUUAUUGGGGGAUUUGCUCACUGAUUACGUGAAGUGGUUUGGCGCUGUGACCUACAUGGUCACCGGGGAUGCCCAGGCUCUGCUGCAGAACUCAAAGAGUGAUCAACAAAGGGGCGAGGUUGAGGCGACAGGCGGUGCGGACGUUAGCCCGAACGGGCUUAGUGCCCAGCUUGUAACUUCGACCGCGCCUGCUAGCCAUGGCUCUGUGAAGCCGACUGGAGAUGCAAACUGCGCUUCCUGGGGUGCCGAAGCUGCACGUCCACAGUCGGGCACGCAGGCGAUGGCAUGUUUUCCAGGGACGAUGCGCGGCCGCGAUGAUGUUCCUCAAGGGUUUUCGCUUUCCGAGUCGUCCCAAGACGGCGGUGGCGAAAUUUGUGGUGCUGCUGGUGCUUCGGGGCCGGCUUUUGGCACUUUUGGUUUUGACUCUGUCGACUCACAUGGCGGCGACCCGACCUUUGUACAGCGCUCUCCGCUGGAGGGCGAUCGGGGCGAUGCUGGAGAACGAGACGAUGGAUGCACUGCAGGGCUUCUUCGAGGUGCUGCUUUUGGUGGUUUUGAUUUUGGUUUUGGUCCUGGAGGGUCUGGUGUUUCUACAGCUGCGGACUUUCCAUUACUACGUGGAGGUAGCAAGCUCCUGGCGGGGCUACGGCAAAUACUGGAGGAGGCUGGUAGUGACGACGAAGAGGAGGAGAUCAGCAAGGAUGCUUGGUUGCGGACUGCUUUGGCUCGGCUGGUGGACCGCCGGCCCAAAAACCUGCUGCAGGAACUUAAAAGCCUGAUAAGACUGGCGGGUCGCCGGAUGCAUGCCGAGAACGAUGAGGACUACUGCGAUUACGAUGGUGGCUGGAGUGGACAAGCUGUUACCGAGGAUUAUGGCGAUUACGAUGGUGGAUGGCAGGUGCAAGCUGCUCUGGAUGGUUGGCCCCAACAACAGCUGCACACCUUUAGCGAUGAGUGGUGGACUGGCUGGCAGCAGGAUGCAUCUGGUUGGUGGUUCUUUGCAGGUGGCCCGGGGACCACAUCCACAUGGGCACGUGGCACAUGCGACGGAUGGCACAUGGACGGCAACGGCUGGUGGGCUCCAGAUGGUUCCUCCUGGCCUUCUUCGGCGCGGACGGUGCGGGGCUCGCAACCUGCAUCUGCUACGGAGGCCCCCGCUCGGACCAGGCAGGUUGUCGGCAUCAAGGGUUCCGUUGAUGGGGAUGAUGGGUGGCGGACUGUCACUCGGAAGCGUAGGCCUGCGGCUAACCUCGAGCAGAGCACAUGGCGCCCUCAAAAAGACGUGUGGAAAGCUCCGAGCGGCAUGGUUUAUGCGGACGUUCCGGAUGCGAGGACAUUGGCGCAGCAAUUGGAUGAAGUAUCCGGGGUCGCUUGGCUUCUUGCAACAGACGACGUCUCUGAGGUUAAAGAGGCCACUGACCUGAUCGAUGGUGCGGUGAAGGAUGAUGACAAGCAGAGCCUUACCAUCAUUUUCCUUGGGGCUCAGCGGGAGCUCACUAAGGCACAGAUAGACUUCCAAGUCAUGAGCAUCCCGGGUCAGGAGUCCGGGGCACUUCGCAUGCGGAAAGUCCCGGUGAUCGUUUCGGGGCACACCCGUACUUUGUUGCAGCUGGCGACGAGAGAUCGCACUCCGCUCAUCGUCGCAAAGCCACCCCCAUCAUGGCAACAGCGACGGGCCACAAGUUUCGUCUGCAGAUGUGAAUUUGAUCGACGGUUCAACGAGACGGCUUGGAAAACGGUGGUGGCUGCUCCUGCGGCCAUGGUCCGCAAGUGGGCGCUGCGCAACGGUGUGGCACCCUCGGGCAUCCUUGAUGCCUUUGCUCCCAAGCAGAUCGGCGCUAACCGGGUGUCCGUUAUGCUACGGCUUUUGGACAAGGGCUCCGCAGAGGCACUGUGCAGGACUUCUGGGGCCAAAGCCUCCAACGAGAUGGGCCCUUGGUUCAUCGACGUUGUGGGUGACAAGGCGUCCCAAGGUCUCAAGCUGCCGCCACGUGUUCAAUGGUUGGACUGGGUGCCCGAGGAAUCCUGGGACACCUACCUGGUGAGUGCUCGCAAACAGGCGGGCUCCGACGGUGUGGCAUUAGGUGCUCACCAACUGGGGAUACGAGUGGCUCCUGACGAUCCGAGGCUGCUUGCCAAGCCUGCGCUAUGGCGCAUGCGCGGUGUUCGACAAAACUGGUGUGCAGGCGAUGUGGAGGAUCUGCUGAAGCAGUUGGGGUUCGAGAGCAUCACCAUCCAACAGAAAAUCCGCAACCGCAGCGUGGAGUGGCUCUUCAAAGGGCAUCGACAAGACAACCUGGAAUCGCUGCAGCGUGAGGUGGCUUGGGACGGGGCGGACGACGUUGGCGAAAUCACUGUGGUGAAGGAGGCCAGACGGCGCAACGGCCCGGCCUCGAAGGCGCUGCACACUGGAAGGGCGGACACUUUUGUUCUGCCCGAGCCGACUGCCGCUGACCUGCGCCCUCAAAGACAACGCAAACAGGAGCGAAAGCGCGAAGCCCAGGCGGACAAGUUAGGUAAAAGUCGUCAUGUACAUUUGCAUGACGAGUGCACGGCGAAGACUGGCAAGGAGACGGAGACGACUGCAUCGGCGGAUGCUGCUAAGCCAGAGUCUAAGAAGCGAGAGAGGUCUGCUGACGAGCUGGGCAUGGACGUGGAUGGCACAGAGUGGUUGCCACCUGGGGCCAAGCCCUUGACCAAUGUUGGGGAAGGCAAUUGCGUGUGGCACGCGCUGGCCACUCACGAGUCGACACCCGGCAAGCUUCGUUCGCAUAGGCAGCUCCGGCAGUGGGUCGUCAAUGCGAUGAAGGAGCAGUCGGACGACCUGGAGCCUCUGUGGAUUGCGCUCGGCAAGCGCGACGCUGAUGGGAAACCGUCUACGAUGGACUGGAGUGCCUACCUGGCCCAGCAAGGCACGAACGGCGCCUGGUCUGGUGCGCUGGAGUUGCGAGCUUACGCCUUUGCUGCAGACUGCCGCGUGUGGGUACUCACCGACAAGGGACGCUUGCACCUCAUCAAUGGCGAUGGCAAACGACACGUGGCACUCAGAUACCAGGUCCACGGCCACUACGAGCUCUUGCAGGGCUAUGACGAGACGGACCUCUGGACACGAGCUGUGGACCUUAAUGUCAAAGGGCGAGAGGAGCUGAAGGACAUCAUGAGAGGCGGGGCGCGCGCACUCUCCAGCUUUGCUUCGUCACGUCAGAAGACCAAGGUUCGCCGCACUUUGUCGGACUUUGCGUCAGUGAAAAGCGGCACCCCCGCUCCACCGGCCGGGCCCGGGGCGGGCACCCAGCACACGGACGACGACGAGCCAGCCAAGUGGGUCUGUGAUGAGUGCAAGCAUAUGCCCAAGGAAGCGUUCAGCCAGCUCUGGACGGACCACAGCCUUGAGAUUAAAGUGGAACCGUGUCCGCAGCAGCUUCGCAUCUGGACGUGCAGCAAGUGCCAUUGUGGCAUCCGGGACGAGCGCCGCCCGGAACACCAGGUUCAGGCUGCGGCAAGGAGGCAUCUGCUGGAGUGCACAGGUCAUCCAAUGACCUUGCGUGCAAACCUGAAAAGGUGUUCUGAGCAGAUGCUUACGCGUCAGCUGGCCGGGGGCACUUCGAACUCUCGCCUCACGAACAGACGGAUCAUGAUGGAUAGCUAUGCUCGCGGCAAAGGCAGGCACCAGAUCGUGGAGUGGGACAAGGUUCGGCUUGGUGGGCACUUGCGAACCUGCGCAGCGGCCUCGACUCCUGGCUCGGAAGGCCUUGCUCUGGCAACGACUGCGCCUGGCCAAAAGUUGAGCGCAGCGGAGAUCCACUCCCUGGAGGCUAAGGCCAGGAAAAGGGCUCCGCGCCGCAUGGCAAAGGCCCCGCCUCUACAAGUGCGCCAGUGGCUCCGAGACCUGACAAAGGAGGGGGUGGAGCCCCAUCCGGGGCCACUCUUACGCGGAGCCUUCUUGAACUGCGGUGGUCUUCAGGGUGCCUUUCGGGCCGUGCAGCACUUGAAGGCCGCUCAACACUCCCUGGUGGUGCUUUGCGAGACACAGGCGUGUGCUUGGAACCAUGCACAGCUCACCUCGCGUUUUCAGCAGCUGGGCUACAGGGUUUGGGGCUUUUCAGGGCGCGAGGGCCGGGAUACUAGGAACCGUCCUUUUGUACGUGGCGGCAUCCUGGUCGCGGUGUGCGGCACGCUCACUGCGACAUGCAUGCACACACACAACUCGCCACGCGGCGAUUUGGUGGCCAUGGAUUUCUCAACGCUUCAGGCUUCGUUCUUUUGGCAGCGAGGGGCUGCUGACAACGAGGGAGGCCUUACGGAACAACUGCUUGAGCUUCAGCGGCUGGCCGCCAGUCGUGAGGUGCCUUGGCUCGCGCUGGGAGACUGGAACCUGCAACCCCAGGAGAACACUCUUCGUGACGCCCUCUCUCUGCAGCUCUGUGCUCCGAGUGAUGAUACUGGAAGGCUCUGCCCAUCCAGGUUCUCAUCCGCCAGAUGUAUCGACUAUGGUCUCCUCACUGCCGGCCUUCAGCUGCAUGCGAGCCAUGAUGUGGCUCCUCUCUCCGACCACCGAGUGUUGUACUUUGAGGGGCGCCUGCCUACGGUCCGACAGAACGCUAGCUUCUUAAAGCCUACGGCCUCCCUGCAAAGACCGCCAGAGGUCACGACGGCAGCUUGGCACAAGGCCGUUAAGGUGGCAGCUUCGUGUGAAGAGUGGCCGGUCCCCACGGGCGCUCCAGACGAGGAGUGGCAGGACUUCUGUGCUGCUGCUGAAGGUGCGCUUUCUGCUGCUGCCAAGAGCUGUGGCCGUCCGGUGCACUCCGUGGGCUGCCGUCCGAAAGGCUCACUUCCUGAAACGCUCUCGGCGGGCGAGGUUGUCCGCUCUCCCGACAAAGAAGUUCCGUACAAGGUGCGCCAGUACACCAAGCUUCUGGGCAGGAUCUACGAGGCCGUGCGUCAGCAAGAUCGUGGUUCUCCUGCUCUCUGGCGCAACCUGCGCAGGACGUGGCCGGGCGAGUGGGGUGUGUUUCCUGCCGACCUGACGACCGCUGCCAACCUCGUGCAGACCAGGCUUCAGCAGGAAAGGGAGGCACACACGCGCAGCCGUCUUGCUCAGUGGCGGCGCAGGAUGGCACAAGGAGGCAAGGCGGCCACGCAGUGGCUGAAGCGACAGGUGGCUUGUGCUCCCACCACCCUCCGACAGCUGCAGGCGGACGGGCAGACGCACAGGACCUGUUCAGUUGCUGAGACCUUCGAUGCCAUGCGCACCUUCUGGCGGCGCAUCUGGCACCGUAGAGAUGUCCCUGAGGAGCUGCAGCGACUUCGUGAAGGGAGGCUGUCUCGGCCCGCUGGCGAAGCCAUGAGGGGCGACUGGAGACUUGAGGCGAGCGCAUUUCAGCACGGGUCAGCUGGUCCGGACGGCUGGGCUCCUUCGGAGCUCGAGGCCUUUGACGAAGAGGUCUGGGAGUGUUUCCUCAGACUGUGGCACGACUGGUGUGAGCGCGACUUGUUCCCUCAGUCCUUCCGCCACUGCAGACAGGUCAUGUUGCCCAAGGAAGAGCUGGACGCGCAGGGGGCCGUCGACGUGGAGAACAUGCGUCCAAUCUGUGUGCAGCCAGUCGUGUGCAGGGUCAUCUCGAGUGUCAUGGCCUGUCGCUCCCAGGAGUGGUUGCUUGCCAAGGUGAAUGCCGACACACACGGCUCCCUCAAAGGCCGAAGCGUGGAGGCCGCGGUGCUGGCGCUGGACGAAGCCUUCUCCACCGACGGAAUUUUGGUGAGCCUGGACAUGCGGAAGUGUUUCGACUUCAUGUCCCCAGAGCUUUGCCUGGGAAUCUUGCUGCACGAGGGCAUGCAUCCAAAUUGGGCCCGGCACCUGGCGCACAUCUGGCAACAACAGCGCCGAUGGCUUCAGGUGCAGCGCUGGGUGGCUGAGACGCCCGAGGACGUUAGCAACUCGGUCCCGCAGGGCUGUGCCAUGGCUCCCCUGGCUUUGGUGUGCCUGCUUUUGGAAGCUACUCGUGACGUGCCGUCGCAAGUCGUGGGCCGUUUCCGCCAGUCCAUUUACAUGGACGACCGUGCUUUUGCCGCGUCAAGCCCGCAGGGUGCAGUGCAAGCCUGGCGUUCUUGGACUGCUUGGUGCGAGCGCCUAGGUCUCAGAGAGAACCUCUCUAAGGCUAAGGUCAUCUGCAGGAACCCCUUCCAGCAGGCGACGAUGGUGCAGUUGGGCAUCCCUCCGAGGUGCUUCGUUGACUCGGCCAGGGUUCUUGGGGUGGACUUCUCUAAGUCUUCGGCUGCAGGUAGACUGUCUGACACGGCAACUCAGCGCGAUGAGGAGGCAAAGAGGAUUCUGGACCGGCUGGCGUGCCUGCCAGUCCCGCAUGCUGCCAAAGUCGCUCUGUUUCGGACCAGGGUUUCGCCUCUGACUUCGUGGGGGCUCUGGCUCCAGGCGCGGAACACCCAACAGGACUCCAAGUUCACCACGCGGGUCAAGAAGGUUGUCGGCGGGGUCACCACGAUGGCCUCCAGACAUUUGUGGCAGCUGCUGGAGGGACACUGGACUUGCCCUUCCUUUACGGCUUCGAUGUCGGCAGCGGCGGCCUUCAUCAGGGCCAAGGCCUACUGGAGGCGCAUGGGGCAGACCGUGCGCGGUGGGCUGUGGGCGCGACGAGUGGCUGGCAUCUUCGAAGGACUGGGUUUCGUUCCUACUCGGCGGGACGCCUGGAGGCUUCCGGGUCAUCCGGAGCUGCAGCUUUGGGGGCAGGACACCAAGGCCGUGGUGCAACGGUGCUGUCAUGCCCUGCGCGAGGCAUUUCGGCGACAGCUUCUGCAGAGCUUUCUGGACCGCAAUCGUCGUGAUGCUCGGGCCUUGCGACGCCAGGUCCGUUACUCAGAGCAGCAGGUCAAAGGAGCGAUUCGCCUGUACGGGCAAUGUGACGGACACCAGCGCGCGGUGAUGAUUGGAGCAGCUCUUAGCGAUGCCGUUUACGAUGUCAUGGAUGGGGGUGCGGCUUCGCAGUCGUGCCCUUGGUGCGGAAGAGCGGUGCUGCCUUGCUGGUCGCAUCUGCUCUGGCACUGCCCGCAUUUCGCUCGAGGCCGGCCGCCUAGGCCACAAGACCCGAUGGCGCAAAGGCUUGCCUGGCCAAUGACGGCUGUUACAGCACAUGCUCGUGCCGUAGUGAUCUUCGCAGGUGGCAUCAGGAAAGCUGUCUUGAAUCGACGGCUGCAGCAGAAUCGCAUGUGA